CAACCGUCAAAUACCUAUAACAGAGUGCUGUAAAAGUGUUUGUUUUCAUGUUCGUGAGUGUGAUAAUGAUACUUAAAAUCUUCUGACAAUGGGUGAAAGUUCCAUGUCGCGGACCACAGGCUCCGUGGUGCUACAAGUGGGGGCACUCGAGCUGCUAGCCAGAUAUUCUAUGAACAAUGGACGAGCGACGAGCGUGCUGUCCUCGCUGCACGAGUUCAGAGUACAAGAGGCCGAGCAGGUUGGCGGCAAGCAGUGGAAUUGGAAGUACUUGAGGGAUCAAUUCGACCAAAAAGACUUAGAAGGUCUAUAUAGAAAAUAUGACGACAAAUUAAGGGAAUCGCUCAUCUAUAUUUAUAUAUCGUUGUUAGUGUUUUUUUCAACGACCCACAUUGGUUUAGUAAUUAUUAGUACGUACUCAGAGCAGGUGUUAUGGAAAUCAACGUAUUUAUCUUUUGCAAUGUACAUAUUACGGAUUGCGGUGCCAAUGCUGUUUUUGUGCAAAUGCUUCUACAACCCGUUGAAGCAAAGGUGUUUCUGGAUACCCAUUUUUGUAACGUUUGUCAUCACGCUUGACCUCGUGUUCACCGACAUUGCAGUACCAAUAUUUAGUUACUAUGAGGGAAUGACGCUACGACCUGCCUACUCCACGAUGGCACUCCUCUCGAUAUACAUCUUUCUCCCCAUGAGGAACAACUUCCUCGCCAUCCUCCUCGGUGUUCUAGUCAGCGUCAUAUACGUAUUUAUCUUCACCUUUAUCACCUAUAUUGAGGAUCCACGGAUACAGGUAGUGGUGGCUUCAGAUACACUGUACCUUAUCGGCGUGAACCUGAUGGGCGUAUACUUCAGGCUUAUGAACGAGAUAGUGACGAGGCGGUCGUUCCUCGACCGUCGGGCUUGCGUUGAGAGUACGCUACGGUUGAAAUUCGUCAAAGAUCAGGAAGAGCGCCUCAUGUUGAGCAUCAUUCCGGAGCACAUAGUAUCGAGAGUUCGUCAAGAUAUUCGUACCAUGUUUCUUGGUAUACAGUCUCAUACUGUAUGCUACACUAUGAGAUCAUUCAACCAAUUGUACGUGGAAGAGCACGAUAACGUGAGCAUUCUUUAUGCGGAUGUCGUAAAUUACACCAUGAUAUCGACCACGCUAUCGCCAAUGCGGAUGGUGGAGCUUCUGAAUGAGUUAUUCGGCAGAUUUGAUGAAGCAUCUGAGGAGUUUGAUGUUCUUCGCAUAAAGUUCUUAGGCGACUGCUACUACUGUGUUAGUGGCAUCCCGAAGCCCACAACCCAACACGCCAAAAACUGCGUAGAUUUAGGCCUCGAUAUGAUUCACAUCAUUAAGGACGUUAGAGAGAAGCGAUCAUUGAACAUCGACAUGAGAAUCGGGGUUCACUCUGGACGGAUCCUAAGUGGAUUAAUAGGCAUGAGAAAGUGGCAAUUCGAUAUAUGGUCCAAAGAUGCUACUAUAGCUAAUAAGAUGGAGUCUACGGGGAAAGCAGGAAAAGUUCACGUGACUAAACAAACCCUGGAAUUAUUGAUAGACUACGCUAGAGAAUACAUAAUAGAACCUAACUUUGAAUCUCAAAAUGAUCAGUUUAUUAUAGAAAAUAAAUUAGAAACAUUUUUACUCUCGAGGCCAGACAGAACUAUUACAGAAUACAAGCCGUACCGUAGAGCAUCAGUUGGAUUCAGCAAAAUGAUUAAAAAGAGACGGUCGGAAAAUAAAAACCAAUCCAAUUAUCGGAGAACCACAACUUUUAUGGAUGAAAAUUUGGUAGAAUAUCAACAGAUGUUAAAAGCAGCCGACGCACAAAUGGCAAAGGAAAUCGAAGAUAUGACCAGUGGCAAGGAGCAUUUCAAAAAAGAAUCAAAACUGAACAGAUUUACGUUGAUGUUCGAAAACUACAAACUUGAGAAGACAUUUUUAUUACUACCGGACCCACUUUUCAAGUAUUACAUCACAUGCUGUCUCGUCAUAUCUUUACUGAUAGCAUUCGUAAAUGCAUUGACUACCGACUGGUAUUGCUGUUUUCUCUGGUACACAUUUGUCGCCAUCCUUUUUCUCAUAGGGGGCCUUAUAAUCAUGCAGCCGCUAACUUGGUUUCAAUUUUUCUGGAACAAAUAUAAAGGACUGGAACAACCUCGGAAUCGCUUCCUACGUAGGAUAUACGAUAUAUCGGAGAGUAUUACCAGAUCAGCAAAACUAAGGACAGCAAUAUAUUUGCUUAUCAGUUUCUCGUUAGCUGCAACUUCUAUGGUCAGUGUGAUCGAAUGCAUAGAAGUUAAAACCGACGACCCUGAUGUUCAAGCAGUCACCGUUUUGUCGAACUGUUAUUCUUCGUGGCACGUGACACAAUGUUGGGGUUUAGCUUUACUACUAAACUUUUUGUUUAGCAGAGUAUUUUUCAUUUUUAAAUGGAUCGUGGCUGGUGGAAUGACCAUGUUUUACCUGUGGGUAGUGUGGGAAAUGAAAACCUCAUUUUUCGCAGAAGAUGCUACAUUUAAUGUGGGAUUGGAUCCCCGGGUAUCUCACACACUAUCCGUCGUUUUUAUAACCAUCACAUUAUAUUUCAUAGAUAGAACCACUGAGUAUAGGAACAGACUAGAUCACUUGUGGCAGUUGCAGCUUACAGAGGAACAACACGAAGCUGAGACUAUGCUAAAGGUUAACAAUAUGCUUCUAGAAAACAUAUUGCCGGCACACGUAGUUCAAGUAUACUUGGAUUUAAAUAGAUCUAUAGACGAACUUUACUACGAAAAAUAUGAUAACGUGGCGGUAAUGUUUGCGUCUCUGACAGACUACAAACUGGGCAUUGAAGAAAACUCAGACGAUAAACUAAUGUUAAGUAUAUUGGAUGAAGUGAUAUCAGAUUUCGAUAGACUCCUUCUGACGGGCACAUCAGUGUACAAAGUGGAAAAGAUUAAAAUGGCUGGAUGGACGUACAUGGCCGCCUGCGGUUUGGAUCCUAACAGGAGAGAAUCAAUAGACGACUCUUAUCAUGACCGCCAACAGAAUACUCCUUACAGCCGUGCGAUAGUUAUCACCAUGGUCGAGUUUGCUGCUGCAAUGAUGAUGCAAUUACAAAAUUUUAACCGUGGAUCGUUCCAGUGUUUCGAAGGACUGAAUCUGCGCAUUGGUAUCUCUAACGGAGAAGUUGCAGCUGGCGUAGUUGGUUCUAAUAAACCAUUGUACGAUAUUUGGGGACAUGCAGUCAACAUGGCUUCGCGGAUGGAUUCCACGGGUUUAACUGGCAAAAUCCAAGUGACAGAAGAAACAGCAAUUAUUCUGGAAGAGUGUGGAAUUGUAACGAUGGUUCGCGGUGAGACAUUUGUCAAGGGAGCUGGCUACAUCAAAACGUUUUUCGUUCCACUUGACGAAAAUUACGACUUAGUUAAAAGGGACUUGUGUACAGGUUACCGAAAUCGACACUACAGUGCGCGCAAUAUCACCUCGUCAGAAUCCGACUAUGAUCCUGAUUUACCUGUUAAUAAUACUAGACAGCUGUCUGGUAAUAGCGGUAGGCAGCUGUCAGUUAAUAGCGAAAAACAGAAUUCAGUCAAUAGCGAUGGUAACUUUGAAGUAUCGUCGAUCAUCGAAGAUAUAGAAGACGAAAACGACACCGAAAUUCUUACUAGCGUAACAUCAAGUAAUUCUAUUAGUGAUGAUAUCAUAUCAAUGUACAGUGAUACAUAUUCAGACUCCGAAAAUGAAGUUAUGGAAACUCGUUGUUGAUAUUUUGUAGUAAUCUCGUGAAAAAACGUACUGUCUUACUUAAUGUCUAAAGUCUAUGAUCCGAAAGGAUCUACCACAUGGAAAAAACGGGUCUUCGAUUAGAAAACUAGAAUGUCUCAU